UUUGAUUAUUCAUGACAGAAAGGAAAGGUGACAGAGGGUUACAAUACCUAUCAUUAAAUUGUAUCCGUUUUUUAAAUAUUCUCAAUUCAAAUUUGCAGUUGAUCAUCCUGGUUUGUUAUUUAAAAAGGUUCAUUAUUUCCAAUAAAAGGAGGGCAAUCCGGUCACAACUAAUUUAAAGCUGCUGUUUGAAAAUCAUAAUUUGACUAUAUAAAAUUGAAUCGUACUACUUUAAACUUUAAGAAUAUAAAUAUCAAUCAAAAACAAAUAGCUUGCAAGACAGUUAUCAUAAGAAUAAACAGCAUCUUAGCAACCAACACCCAUAAAAUAUGCACACCAUCAGCAUGUUCAAAACAUUAACAACUGUUUGAUGCUGCAAAAGUUUAUGUGAGCAAUGACUUGAAAA